AUGGAUGAAAUUUUUGUAAAUGUUGCUGACAAUAAGGUUCGAGACCAAGAAAUUAAUGUUAUUAAAGUUGAUAUUGACAAAGAAGGAGGCCAAUUUUCCGUCUUUAAUAACGGAAAAGGGAUCUAUUGA